AGCAAAUCUGCCUUGGCAGCGUGCCGUGUGAGUCAGCAGCAGUUACGGGCUUUCAGAGGUGGAGUUUCCACAACUUUAAAACUUUGACUUCAAAAUCUUAUAAAUUCAGAGGUAUUUGGCUUUCUUCCCCAUUUUCUAGACAAAGAGGACUUCAUUUCACUCAAGGCUCACCACUUUGGGGGCUGCUUUGACUGGGGACCCUGAACAGGAAUUCACAAUGAAUUCCCUUGCAUCUUGGUUUCUUUGGAGAAUCAUGACCUUGGUAAUGCCACUGGUCUCGUUGUGCCAGACAUCCGAGUACGACUACCAUGCGGUCUGGAAGCCAGAUGUGCCCAUCAGUGACCGUUUCUAUGACAAGCCUCCCCAGUGUGUGGGCAUCCCAGAUGACCUGAGGCUUUGUAAUGGUGUGGGCUACGACAAGAUGCUUCUGCCCAACUUACUGGAGCACGAGACUAUGGCUGAGGUCAAGCAGCAGGCAGGGAGCUGGGUACCACUGGUGCACAAAAACUGCCACCCGAGCACUCAGGUAUUUCUCUGCUCCCUCUUCGCUCCUGUGUGCCUGGACAGGCCCAUCUAUCCAUGCCGCUGGCUCUGCGAAAAUGUGCGUGAUGGCUGCACUCCUAUCAUGGAGGCGUUUGGGUUCCCCUGGCCCGAGAUGCUCACCUGCGACAAGUUUCCCCAAGAUGAUGUGUGCAUCAGUACACCUAACGCAACAGAUGCCUCCAAGCCCAGUGGAUACUCUCCAGUCUGUCCUCCGUGUGACCAUGAGAUGAAAACGGAUGCUAUUCUGGAGCACAUGUGUGCCAGUGAAUUUGCCAUAAAGACCAAAAUCAAGGAGGUUAAACGGGAGAACAUGGAUCGCAAGGUGAUUCUGCAGAAGAAGAAAAAACCUGUAAAGCUGGGCAUUUUGAAGAAGAAAGACUUGAAGAAACUCACUCUAUACCUGAAGAAUGGCGCCGACUGUCCUUGUGCGCAGCUAGAAAAUCUUGGAAACACAUAUCUCAUCAUGGGCCGCAAAGCGGACAAACAGUACCUUCUCACCGGCAUUCACAAAUGGGACAAAUCUAGCAAAGAGUUCAAAAAGACCAUGAAAAAACUCAAAAGCCACAAAUGCCCUGCUUUUGAGAAUGUCUUCAAAUAAACAUUCUCCUCCCACUUACUUUAUGGACUUGCACAUGCAGGCAACCCGAAAUAUUGUUUUAUUUUUCAUUGUUUAUAUACAUUAUAUAUAUUUCUCAUGUAUUUUAUAUAUACAAAGUGUUUCGUCUUGGGAUCUGUCCUGCUUAACUGAAGAGAUAUCGAAUAGUACAAAUGACCACCAAAUCCAACUGAUAACUUUUGUGUAUAUACAAGCAUUUUGCUGUUCAUAGUGUUGUCAAAUGAUCACAAUUCGUCUGAAAUUGAUGGUUGAUCGUGUUUUUAUUUUACUUAUAAAAAAUACAAUGACAGAUUCCAGUGGUACUCCAAUAUGUUCACAACUUAUUGACAAAACAUUUGUACACACUGAGAAGAGUACAUACCAUAGUAAGCAUAGCUACACAUUUCUUUAGAUAUAUUGAAUGUCAUCAGUUAAUGUGAACUACCCCAGAAGUUUUUUGUUUUGCAGUGUGCUUUAAGCUUCCCGAAUAAUACUGUAACCUAAACUGUGACCAUAAACUAAUCAAUAGAACUAUAAUCAAACCUGUGUGAACAACAAACUUGUUGUCCAAGGCACUCUACAUAAAGUAUAUAUAUAUUAAAUCAUGGCUACUGUGUUAAAACUCUCAACAUAUCUGCACCGCUUUGUUUGUAUUUCAGUCAAAUAUUUUUGUAAGUAAUAACUAUAUCAUAUUAAUAACAUGUAUUGCACUGUAAGUCAUUUAUUUCAUGCCAUUGUUACAGGAAAUGUCCAUUUAAUCACCCAACACUUUACUGUUUACUGUAUAGCGCUGUUAAUGUUGCAGGUGAAAGGUUAAACAAAGUUUUUUUUAUUUCAGUUGCAAACCUCUUGAGAUUUAUAAUCCACAGCUUUCUGCUAAAAUGCAUGUCACCAAUCAGUUAAAGAACGCAUAGUGUAAAACGUCUUUUAAAUCAAAAUGAUCUUGUGUUGAUGUAGCACUCUUAGUUUCACUGUUUCUUAGUUGCGUUUUUGUUCUGUUUUUAAUGUUGGCAAUCAUUUUGUACAUAAAAUUCUAGCACAAAUAUAAAAUAAAGAGCUAAAAAUGUC